CAAAUCUUUCUCUCUCUGCAUUUUGCAUCAAAUCUUUCUCUCUUUCUCUACCCUUAACGCGAUCAAGCACCAAUCUUCCUUCUACCAUUCCUAGAAAUCUCAGAGAUUUCUAGGGUUUUCAUUUUCAAUUUCUUGCUGAUGACACGGUAAUCGGACGAUUUACAUGUUCUAUUUCUGUUGAUUGAGUCAGCGUUCCUGCUUCAGAUUUCACUCCUCCAAGUAUGUGAAAUUUUGAGUUUUGUGGUUAGUUGUGAAGCACAAGCAUAUGUGGGUCUGCCUCACAAUUCAGAAUUUCUGAAUGUUCCUCUACCAUGAAUGUCCCUUUUGUAUUAAAGAGUUUAGUCUUAUUUUGGUCUCAGGGUCUCAGCCUGGAUGAGUUGAACAUCUGAUUAAUUACACAAUGUAUGGUUGUAUUAUGGUCAAUACUUCAGAGAAACUUGCCAACUGAUUCUGUAGAUCUUAGAAACUGGAAACAUGCCUUCAUGGUGGGGGAGGACAUCAUCCAAAGAAGUGAAGAAGAAGGCAAGCAAGGAAAGUUUCAUUGAUACCUUCCACCGAAAAUUUAAGAUUCCAUCUGAAAAUAAACUCACUAGUAGAUCAGGAGUAUCUCGAAGACGUUGCAGUGACACAGUUUCUGAGUUGGGAUCCCAAUCCCAAUUACAAUCAAGAUCUCCUUCACCUUCCAAACAAGUAUCUAGGUGUCAAAGUUUUUCUGAAGGGCCUCAUGCUCAACCUCUUCCCCUUCCUCACUUGCAACCUGCAAUUGUGGGUCGCACAGAUUCUGCAGUUAGCGUACCUACAAAACCUAGACAGGAGAAGAGCUCCAGGUUAUCAUUAUUUCGGCCUCUCCCAAGACCAGCAUGCAUUCGACAGAGGCCAAAUCCUUGUGACUUAGAUGGAGAUUUGGUUCCUGCUUCAGUUUCAAGUGAGAUUUCCACCGAUAGUGAUGAUCCUGUUGACUCGUGCUAUCGAAGUCCCCAAGCAACUGAUUAUGACAAUGGGGCUAGAACUGCUGCAAGCAGUCCUUCAAGUUUGAUGCUUAAGGUUCAGUCUUCCAGUGCUGUCCAACUUAACUCAAGAGAAGCUAAGAAACCACCUAACAUUUCAUUCACCAAUCACCUCUUAAGUACAUCACCAAAACAGAGACCUUUAGGCAGUCAUGUGCCAAAUCUACAGGUUCCAUGUAAUGGCGCUUUCUGCAGUACUCCAGAUAGCUACAUGUCAAGUCCCUCCAGAAGUCCAAUGAGAGGUUUUGGCACUGAGCAAGUUGUGAACUCUGCUUUUUGUGCAGGGAAGCCUUCUUCAGAUGUCACUUUCCUUGGAUCUGGCCACUGUUCUAGUCCUGGUUCAGGUUGCAACUCUGGGCAUAAUUCGAUGGGAGGAGAUAUGUCAGGACAGUUAUUUUGGCAACCAAGCAGGGGGAGUCCUGAGCGUUCUCCCAUACCAAGUCCCCGGAUGACUAGUCCUGGUCCUAGCUCUAGAAUACAUAGUGGUGCUGUCACACCUACUCAUCCUAGGUCAGCAGGUGGCAUGACCACUGAGUCACUGACUAGUUGGCCUGAUGAUGGAAAACAAAGCCACAGGUUGCCGCUUCCACCUGUAACAAUUUCCAAUCCUUCUCAUUUCUCCCAUUCAAAUUCAGCGGCAACAUCCCCAUCUGUGCCACGAAGUCCAGGAAGGGCAGAGAAUCCAACAAGCCCUGGCUCACGCUGGAAAAAGGGAAGGCGUCUGGGUAGAGGCACAUUUGGAGAUGUUUAUGUUGGUUUCAACAGUGAAAGUGGUGAAAUGUGUGCAAUGAAGGAGGUCACCUUAUUUUCGGAUGAUGCCAAGUCAAAAGAAAGUGCUAAGCAAUUGAUGCAGGAAAUUGCUAUGCUGAGCCGCUUAAGGCAUCCAAAUAUUGUACGAUACUAUGGAUCUGAAAUGGUUGGUGAUAGUCUUUAUAUAUACCUUGAGUAUGUAUCUGGUGGAUCUAUUUACAAAAUUCUCCAGGACUAUGGACAGCUAGGUGAACUGGCAAUACGAAGUUACACCAUGCAGAUCUUGUCAGGGCUUGCCUUCUUGCAUUCUAAAUCUACUGUUCAUAGAGAUAUUAAAGGAGCAAAUAUUCUUGUAGAUCCAAAUGGAAAGGUUAAGUUGGCAGACUUUGGCAUGGCAAAGCAUAUUGCUGGGCAGUCAUGCCCACUUUCAUUCAAAGGAAGCCCUUACUGGAUGGCACCUGAGGUUAUUAAGAACUCAAAUGGUUGCAACCUUGCUGUGGAUAUUUGGAGUCUUGGAUGCACUGUUUUGGAGAUGGCUACAACAAAACCUCCUUGGAGUCAGUAUGAAGGGGUUGCUGCCAUGUUUAAGAUUGGGAAUAGUAAGGAACUCCCAGCAAUUCCAGAUCACCUCUCUGAAGAGGGGAAGGACUUUGUGAGGCAAUGUUUGCAACGUGACCCACAACGUCGUCCUGCAGCAGCUAAGCUUUUGGAUCACCCUUUUGUGAAAGGUGCUGCAACUCUGGAAAGGCCUAUCCUGAACCUUGAGCCUUCAGAUCCACCCUCCAGUGUUACAAAUGGAGUUAAAGCUCUGGGCAUUGGACAAGCAAGAAAUUUUCCCUCCUUGGAAAUAGAGCGACUUGCAGUUCAUUCAUCUAGAGUUUCAAAAUCAUAUGCCAGUGAUCUCCAUAUUCCAAGGAACAUAUCUUGCCCAGUUUCACCAAUAGGAAGCCCUCUUUUGCAUUCAAGAUCACCCCAACAUCUGAAUGGAAGAAUGUCUUCUUCUCCAAUAUCUAGCCCCCACGCUACUUCAGGCUCGUCCACGCCUCUCACUGGUGGCAGUGGUGCUAUACCUUUUAGUAAUUUGAAACAGUCACCUUAUUUGCAAGAAAAUCUUGGAAGCAUGCCAAAACCGUCGAAUGGUCUCUAUGUUAGUGGCUUUUCAUAUCAUGAUUCAAAUACUGACAUUUUUCGAGGGAUGCAGCCAGGGUCUCACAUCUUUUCUGAACUUGUGCCCUCAGAAAAUGAUAUUCUAGGAAAACAGCUUGGAAGGCCUGCACAAGGGGAAUCUUAUGAUGGACAGUCUGUAUUGGCUGAUCGUGUGUCUCAACAACUUCUCAGGGAUCAUAUGAAGAUGAAUCAAUCCCUGAAUCAAAGUUCCAAGUCACCCUUGCCUAGCUGGAACAGUGGUGUCUGACUUUUGCACUUUUGUUGAUUGACCUGUCAGAGCAUAUCUCAAGGUUGUCAAGAAUUUUUUUGGUGAAAUAAGGCUGAAGGAUUGAAGCUUGGGGAAGUAUGGUUGCCUGUGGCUGACAGGUGAAAUGCUGUUGCUUGGACCUCAGGCUUCCAGCAUGCUGACCCAAAAAUGAUGAUGCUAGGCCAUUGGACUGCAACUGAUUCUGGUUAGAUGUUUCACCAAACCAACUUAUCCAAAUGAAAGCUCACUUCGUGGCAAAUAAGAAAUUUGCUGUCACCAUGACACGGCAUGGAUUUGUACAGAGCUGAGUUUGAAAUCUUUAACUAAUUCUUGACUGAACCAAUGGAAUCAAUAGUUUGUUGCUAGGUUGAGUAUGAUUCUGAUGUGGUCUGACAUGCGGCAGUUCCUGAAGGAGCUAUAUCUGUGAGAAUUGUAUAUUUUUCAAGAUCAUCACACAAAAGCAAGGAAAUGAUAAAGUUGGACAAUUACUAGCUUCUGGACUAUUUUUGGAGCAGGUUCAAAAGUACUGUACAGAUGUUGCUGUGCAUUGCCUCCCGUUUCUUGGGACAGCAUGCUUCAGCUCAGUCGCUCUACCUGAUUAUUAUAUGUACAUUAUUCCAUUUGAGAAAAUUGAACAAAUCUAGUUCCACAAUCCUUCAUUUCCUGAUUUUUGCUUGGCUUUGUUUUGAAACAUCAAGAAUUUUAAAAC